ACAACAUUUCAUAUCCUCAUCCAUCCAUCCAGGAGCAUCCACUGGGCAUUAGCUCGAAGCUCGGGACUCGCCGCGACGACGCGAUCGAUCGGACAUCGGAGUGAGCGAGUUAGUAGGUGACUAGGUGUUCGAUCACCGUGCCUGGUGGCUGUGGUCGAUCUAACUAGCUAGCUAGCUCGAUCGAUCGCCGGAAUUAAUGGCAGCCAUGGCGUCGCCGACCUCGCCGUCGUCGUUCCUCCCGGCGCACCUCCUGCGGCCCCACGCCGCGUCGCUCGCCGGCGCAAACGUGUUGGUGAGGGACGCUCCGCCUGAGACAGGCGGGGGCCCGCACCACAACGCCGUCCUCCGACAGCCGCCGGUGAUGUUGGCGGCGGCGGCGGGCACUCCGGAGCAAGGCAGUGGCCCACACUACAACGCGGUCACGCAGUGGAAGCCCAGGGGAGGAGAUCAACUCCGACUGCCCGCGUCGCCGCCGGUGAUCUUGGCGGCGGCGAGCACUCCGGAGCAAGGCAACGGCCCCAAGACCAACGCCGUCCUCAGGCGGCCAACGCCGCCCGGUGGCGCCGGACCUAGAGAAGGCAGCGGCGGACGCGGCGGAGUGAUCCACGCCGUCGCCGACUCCGCGCCGCAGAGGCCAGGCGCGCCGGCGGAGGGCGCCGGCGGCAAUGGUGGAGCUGUCCAUGUCGCCCCUGCUGCUGCUGCCUCUUCUUGAGUAGAAAGCUAAUGAAAAACGCACAAAAUUAAAUUAAGAUCUGAUUAAUUUCCAAAAUUAAAGUAAGAUUUUCUAGAGGUAGCUAGAUUACUGUAUAUGAUAUUAUGAUGUAGUGGUAGUACGUACAUGUACAUGUCUGAGUUGAAGUUCAGAUAAAAAUGUCUGAACUUCAGUUGGAAAUGAAGGGAAUAAAAUCAAGCAGAUUAUAUAAAAUCAAGCAGAUUACCAAA